CACCACCACCACCACCACCACCACUGUUCCUGCCGUGCUAUUCGGCUCAUCUUCACCAUGUCAGAGGUUGAUGUCGCCAGUUAUUACAAUCUCCCAUCAGCCUACCCCGAAGCAUGGCCUGCAGAGCUGGACGAAAGCGAUCCUGACGAGACCGAGGCGCUGGAACGCCGCGGCUCCCGAUCGGAGCGGUCGCGCUAUUUCGCUCUGGAACGCAACAACAGCACUCGAAGGAGUGUUGAUUUGGGAUCAUUCAAGGGCAAUAAUGGGCGGGAGAAUCUUAAAAUGGACGAGCCGGACCCCCUUGGAAUGGGCGACAGCGUGCUCAAGAUUCUCAAAGCUCGCGGCUUGUCUUUAGACGAAGAUAGUCGCUUACGGAAUCGUUUCCUGCUCUCAUCGACCUCGUUCUCACCUUCACUCUUCCUUUCACAAGUGCAUUCCGAUGCCUCGAUACAGUCCCUCCUCGAUGGCCUCGACUGCCUCUCCCGCUCCAUCGACCAAAAGUCUGCUUCGUUGAAGGUCCUCGUUGAAGCGAACUUCGAGCGGUUCGUCCGAGCAAAAGCCACGAUUGAUAGUGUCUAUACAGAAAUGAAGACACAAGGGCAAAAGGAGGAGUUUUUGAGUCCUCAAGGCCACCGCAGGUCGGUUGGCCAUUUCCGGAAUCUUUCCGGCAGCAGGCACAGCAUCUCUGCCACAGCCAUCGCCGAAGUGGGACCAGGGAAGAAUGCACUCACGAAGGAGAGCGAGUACGGCAUGAAGGGGAUCCGGGUGCCUUUGCUGGAGGCAUCCGUCAAGGCUGAGGAGGUGUGGGGACCGGCUUUGGGCGGCCGUGAGAGAGAACAGGUGUUGAAGUCAGUUGUUGAGAUGAUGGAAAAACACAGGGAUAUAUAUGAAAUUGGAGGACAACUGUCGAAAUCGAUCAAGCAGCGCGACUAUGACUCCGUGUUUGAACAAUUCCGCAAAGCACGCUCUCUUGCGAAAUCCGCCAAGAAUAUCGCGGAAACCGCAACUGGCAUGGACCGAGCACUGACUGAUGAGGAAACACAUGUCAUCUUGGCCAUGGGGAGAAUGUGGAUAGAUGUUGAGCAGCAGAUUCAAGCCUUCAAGCGUGAUUUGUGGAGGCGUCUGAGCGACGCGCCUACUACCUCAACAACCAUCACAGCGACCGGCCCGGUUGAGGAGCAUAUGGAAUUGAUCUGUGCUCUGCUGGAAUUAGGAGUCGAUGAUAAUCCCAUCUGGGUCUGGCUUCUCAGCCGCUAUGACUUCCUCAAGACCAAGAUUACGGCCUUUUGUGAGCGUUGCAAGUCGGAGAUAGAGAUCCUGCGACGCCGGCUUGCUAGCGGUGAGAAGCCCACGCCUCAGGCAGUCGCAUCCUAUCUUCGACUAGCACCACGCGAUAAUUCAGCCGAAUCCAAGUCAAUGCGCGACACUGAUCAGGUAAUUGAGCUGUGGGGUUGUCUCAACACCUACUUGACCAGGCUCCUAUCAUCUCAAGGGGGCCUCCUUGGUGAGGUCUUUGAUUUCUGGGAAGUAGCGCAGUCCUUCAUUGAUGGCAGCAAGCAGAGGCUUCUACCAGCUGGGUUCGAAGGGGAAAGCCGGAAGCAUCACCGCCUCUCCUCGAGCGAUGUCAGGGAUCUGCAGAAAGGCACCGUUGAGCUUGUCAACUUGAUUCGCGAGAGUGUGCUUUCUCUGUUCGCCGACCCGCCGGUCGACGAUGUGUCUCUCCUCACGUCUCCCAUUUCGACAGCGAGUCCGAAUAGCCCAGGAAGUCUUGGGGUGACCCCUACCGAAUCACGUUUCAAGUUAGAUCCAAAGAACAUGCCCUUUCCCACUCCGAAGCGCGGUGAAUACUGGGAAGAGUAUGCCUUCUGGCCUCCUUUCUCAAACUCGGUCAGCGGUGUGCACUACCUCAGUCAAUUUCUGGUAAUCAUUGGAACAGCGGCUAGUGAAAUGGCGGCUCUGGAGCCGGUGUCGAGCAGCGGCAAUACUCACGAUCUUCUCAAGUCACUGGUUAGUGUCGCCCGUGAACGCUCCGUGCGUGUGGCCUGCGCGGCCUGGGGCAAGGAUGCGGAGAUCUGCAAGAUGCUCGAAGACUGGACGCGAGAUCCUGAAAGGAGGGAUCUGACAAAGAUGCCCGGUUUAUUUGUGGCAUUUGAGAAUUCCAUCAUCAGCGGUAUGCAAAGAAUGCUCUAUAUAUCCGAGGCCAUGGUGAAGGCAGGCUCUGUAGAUGUCAUUACGCAACCCCCUACAAAGCUAUUGCUCAUGGUGCGCAGCCAGUUUGUAUCGAGUGUCUACAAAGCUUUGAGUGGUCUGGUCGAGAAUGCGGAACACCCGGCAUCUACGGACGGGGAAGAUGAAUGGGUUCUAGCUGCACCAACGGUCGCUAGAACCCCUGCUGAUCCGUCGACGGCCCUGCUGGUAGCAGACGCGGUUGAUGUUCGUGAUAGGAAUGUGCGUCUACUAUUGACUCUAUCGAACAUCAAGGCUUUCCAGGCCGAUCUCGUUCCUCAACUAGUUGCAUACUUCGAAAACUCCUUCUCGGUGAAAUUGACGGAAGAAGCGAAAACCAUUCGAGACGUACUCGGCCAGAUCGAAGAUCGGUUGUUCCAGUCAUACACCAAGCCGACCAUCAACAAACUGAACUCGACUAUCAUCGAGAGCAUUGCUGGACCCGACUGGGAACCAGCUAGUGACUCGCGGCCAGAGCAGGUUCGGCCAUACGUGUAUAAUGCGAUGUUGGCACUUGUAAUGGUCCAUACGGAAAUCACAACUACAAUUCCAUCCACGCUGUUGACCACGGCCAAUCGCUCGCACUCGGCUGCGCAAUCCCCGCUACUAUCGGUCAUUCUCAUGUUUAUGUUGACACAAGUAUCAACUUCCCUCUUGACCGCCUUCAGUACUCGGUCUCAGUACACCCUUGCUGCUCUAAUGCAGGCGACGCUUGAUACCGAGUUCAUUGCUCAAACCAUGUCUCAAUACUCCACGGAUGAAGCAUCCGCCAUUCAGAGCCAGAUAUACGUGGAAUUAGAUCGUCGAACCACGCACGAAGCUCGCGCCCGAUUACAGUCAGAGCUGAGCGAAAUGCGGGUCACACUCAAGCGGCUCAGAGAGAGAACAAAGGGCGAAUUCGCAUGUUUCCGGAAGCCACGCAGCGGCGGAGGGCACAAGGCUACCGCCUGAGUAUUCUCUUCAGCUAGCAAGAUUGUGCAUAUGAUCUGAAACGCAAGACACACACACACACAC